CUUUUUUUUUUUUUUUUAGUGUGACAAUCUAAUUAAAUCUCCUCUCCCCUCAAUCUCCCUUCCCCACAGGCCCCUCCCCCCUCCUUCUCUCCUUAACGCCUUUCCCAACCCCUUUAUUUUAUUUUUUUCAUCUCUCCUAACGCCUUUCCCUAGCCCCCUCAAUUGAAAAACCCAGCCCCCUCAAUUCAAAAGUUGCGGCUGUUGCGUUUGUUAAAAUUCAAACCGACUUUUGGAAAGUCGGUUAGGUAUAUUUUCGUAAAUAUUAUGCAUUUUAUCUACUUUUGUGUUUUUUAUUAUUUUUUGGUUAAUAUUUUGGUAAAAAACUCAUCACGAUGUUUUCCAAAAAUGCCAAGUCGCCGCGCCACGUGAUCGUACCUUCAUCUGACGCCUGUCAUUUCUCAAACCGUCGCUUCCAGACCAUAGACGAAUGCAAUUACGUUACGGACCUCUCGUCUCCCAUGAAGCGCGCUCUCUCUCUCUCUCUCUGCAGUCUCUUCUAGAAAAGACGAUGCUUUGGUUGAUGAACUCAUGAACCUCUUCCUUGGAAUCUAUUAAAGCGAUCCAAUCCAGUCGAAUUUAAUUCGAUACGCUAAAACCAAAAGCAAUAAAUGACUGCAUAAAUAUAUGAUAAAUAAGCUAAGAAAUUAGUGCUUCGAUCGGCCCCUGCAAAUUUAGCUUUUCGUUUUCUGCAACUUUCAUCAGAGCCUAAAUUUAGCAUACCUUUCUUCAGGGAAACCGCUUUGCGUCGGUAGAGACGCAAAGUUUGAGGUUUCGUUUUUUCGUUUUUGAGGUUUCAUUUUUGGUCAAUUUUAUGAUCAGUACAAGGCAGAUUUUGCUCGCACGUGGUGCUCCGAUUGUUGGUCAAUUGAAGAGGCAGUACCAGUUUCAUGCUCAAGAGAAUAAGAGGAAGACGAAGAAGAAGAAUAGUUUGUUCUUCGAUAAGGGGUUUGGAUUGAGAUUGUUGGGGAAAUCGACGAUGGCCAUCGAACCGAUGGGGAAGGCGGAGGGCGCAACGGCGCCGUUGAUUCUCACCUCCGGCGCUAGCGGCCGCAUCAACGCGCUUCUAUCGCUGCGGGCGUUGAGGACUCUGGUUAUGAUGAUCAAUGCAUUCGUCUUGUUCCUGCUUGGGCCGUUCCGUGGAAGGAAGCGGUACAUUUCGACGAAGCCGUCAGCGAUGCCUUUGGAGAAGCCGAAGAAUGUAAAGCAGGAAAGUCACCGGCAGGGGGCGGUGGUGCGAGUCCCGGCAACGAUGAUUCCAUGGAGGAGGACAGCCGGGGCUGUGGUUGAUCAGGAUGUUGUGGCGAGGAGGGCGCUUGCAGUUCGAAGAGUAAUUCAGGACAAUGAUGAGAAGACGAUGAGGGAUUUCUCACUUUUGCUUACGGCGAGAGGGGAUACGAUGUUUACGCAAUCAUGGACUCCGGUCUUUACCAACAUCAGGGGAUUGGUUGUUCUCCUGCAUGGCCUAAAUGAACACAGUGGCAGAUACAGUGAUUUUGCCAAGAAGCUGAAUGCCAAUGGCUACAAGGUAUAUGGAAUGGAUUGGAUUGGGCAUGGUGGAACUGAUGGCCUGCAUGCAUAUGUCCAUUCUCUUGAUGAUGCUGUAACUGAUAUGAAAACAUUCCUUGAGAAGGUUGUGGCUGAAAACCCUGGGCUUCCUUGUUUUUGCUUUGGGCACUCGACAGGUGGGGCCAUUGUCCUCAAGGCUGUACUUGACCCAAAGGUGGAAGCAUGCAUUGCUGGUGUUAUACUUACUUCACCUGCUGUGGGAGUACAGCCAUCGCAUCCAAUUUUUGCAGUUAUUGCCCCUGUUAUCUCAUUUUUGUUGCCUAGGUACCAAAUUAGUGCUGCAAAUAAAAAGGGCGUUGCAGUUUCUCGUGACCCAGAGGCACUUGUGGCCAAGUAUUCGGACCCACUGGUGUACACUGGAGCCAUCAGGGUAAGGACUGGUUAUGAGAUUCUCCGAGUUGCAACCCACUUGCAGCAAAACCUUAGCAGAUUGAGAGUACCAUUUCUAGUUCUCCACGGCACUGCCGAUGCUAUAACUGACCCGGAAGCUUCUCAAAAAUUAUACACAGAGGCCUCCUCAAUUGACAAAACCCUUAAAUUGUUUGAAGGGCUAUUGCAUGAUCUCCUUAUUGAACCCGAAGGAGGAGAAAUUGCCAAGGAUAUAAUUGAAUGGUUGAAUUGUAGAUUAAACAUUUAGGUGCUUAAUAGGGGGGAGAGAGCUAUCGUGAGCAAAGUGGGGAGAAAGUCUAAUUUGGUGGCUAACCAUUUUUUGUUGGUUGCUGCUCCAUGCUGCCUCGUGAAGGGGAUGGGGAAAAGGUUCUGCAAUGAAUAAAAUCUGGCAUAUGUUGUAACCUAAUAUUGUUGGACUAAGAAGUGAAACAUUAUUUGGAACCCA